GUCCCCGCAGCCGCUGACCCCGAUGGCUCAGGACAACGCCGCCUUCUGCGGGGUCCCCGAGGGGGUCCCGGCCGGGGGGGACGCCCCCGGUGACCCCAAACCCCCUCCCCACCCCGCCCCUCCCGCGCCCCCCAAACGCCGCCCGCCGUGGGGGGCCGGGGGGGCCCGGGGGGCUCGGAAGCGGCAGCGCUACGUGGAGAAGGACGGGAGGUGCAACGUCCAGCACGGGAACGUGCGCGAGACCUACCGCUACCUCACCGACAUCUUCACCACCCUCGUGGACCUCAAGUGGCGCUUCAGCCUCCUCAUCUUCAUCCUGGCCUACGCACUCACCUGGCUCUUCUUCGGCCUCAUCUGGUGGGUCAUCGCCUACAGCCGGGGGGACCUGGAGCACCUGGGGGACCACGCGUGGACCCCCUGCGUCAACAACCUCAACGGCUUCGUGUCGGCCUUCCUGUUCUCCAUCGAGACCGAGACCACCAUCGGCUACGGACACAGGGUCAUCACUGACACCUGUCCUGAGGGCAUCGUGCUGCUCCUGCUGCAGGUGAGUCCCAUGGGCACAGGGUCAUCACUGACACCUGUCCCGAGGGCAUCGUGCUGCUCCUGCUACAG